AUGGGCUAUCCCCAGCCUUCGAACUACCAGCCUUCAAACUUCCCCCAGCCUGCGAGCUACCUCCAGCAAUCCAGUGGCCAUCUGAGCCAUGCUUUACCACCAUCACCACCUGCCACCGACAAUUCUCCUUCGUCUUCUUCAGACGGCUCACCACCACUGUCACCUAUUCCCACACCGUCUCUUUCAGACGGCUUACCACCGCUGUCACCUAUUCCCACUCCGUCUGUUUCAGACGGCCUACCACCGCUGCCACCUGUUCCCACACCGUCUGUUUCAGACAGUUUACCGCCGCUGCCACCCGUUCCCACUCCGUCUCCUUCGGUCACCUUACCACCACUGCCACCCGUGCCCACAGGCGAUCCUCCCUCGGUUCCAGCAGGCCUUCCUCAGAAGGCAGCAGGUGGUAAAGCUAAACGCGCAGCUUCUACCAGCCAGCCCGAACCCACUACUCGCAAGUCCAGACGUCCACCGAAACCAUCUACUCGCAACGAAACCGCUAAUGCCAUUGGCGCUAAUGCCCUCAGCGAAAUGCGGGAGAAGGAAAAUACGGCCACCGUGGGGGGAAAAAAGGUCCGUAAACACGGACUGGAAGCAGGUGGAGAGCCUAUUGCUAAGAAAAAAAAGGUGGCUGCUAUUUCCACGGCCCAGGCUUAG